UUCCCGUAAACCUAGCCUCCCUCUCGUCCUCCUCCCCGGUUUUGCCGGAAUCCAUCGCCUAGCUACCCCUUCCUCCUCCUCUCCUGUUCCCGAAACACGUAGAGCAAAUGAUUUGCUAAUGAAUAUCUAAUCAAAGAACUGAUACUGCGCUGCACAGUUCUUUCCUCCCUUAGUUGUUAAUCUCUAAGACCUAAACACAUAGAGCCUAUCAUGGUCCAGUUUAAGAAUAGGUACCUGGUGAUUGAGGUUCUAGUAAACGGCGGCAAGGACUCUUCCGGAAAUGAUCCGAUUAUUGUUACAGAGUAUAAUUUGUUGAAGGCGAUCAAAGACAACCUUUUGUUGAACUUUGGGGAAUGUGGUCUUGCUCUUUCGCUUGGAUCCUUGCAAGUCAAGUAUGUCAACCCUUCCACAAAGCUGUGUAUUAUAAGGACCUCUCGUGAUGAUUAUCAGAAGAUUUGGUCGGCAAUAACAAUGGUGAAAAGUAUAGGGAAGUGCUCUGUAACUUUCAACUUGCUAGCUUUGAGUGGAACCAUUAAAGCCUGUAAGAGCGCUGCGUUGAAGUGCGAAGAAGCAAAAUUUGAACACUAUAAGCUUGAAGCAGCAAAUCAUCUCACGCCAGAGCGAUUAUCACAGAUUAGAGGCUAUAUGGAAAAGAUCAAAACUUUGGAGAAUUAAGCGAUGUUUGACUUCGUUUUAGGGAAAAAACAGCUUUUUUUUUUCAUGUCAUUUUGGUUUUUCCCUUUGCCUUAUUUGAGAUAGAAACUACAUUUAUUGUUGUUUUCUCGGCUUGAUCCGAGCUCCUAUCUUGCAAGAAUGGAGGUCUCUUUCUUAGGACUGAUGUAAACCCUCUCCCUUGUCCCUUCUCCAAUGAAAGAGAAAGCUUUCUUAUUUUCUUUAA